CGGUGACUGGCGGCGGGAGGUGGCCAAUGUAGAUUGGGGGCGGGGGUGGGCGGAGCCGGAAGUAGGGCCCCGGCGGAGCAGCGCUUGUCCGGCUAGGGGGAAAAGAGGGGGAGGGAAUUAGAGGAGGAGGAGUAGGUUAGCAGCGGCAGCGACGGCUUCGCUGGGGCUGGUACGCGCUGGGCUGCGAGAACCUCAUGGCGGAGGAAGAGAGCGACCAGGAGGCCGAGCGCCUCGGGGAAGAGCUAGAAGCGAUCGUGGAAUCCCCUCCGGGCUCCGUCGCGUUCGGAGCCGGGGCCAGGGGCGAUGGAGGAGGCAGCUGCGGCACUGGAAGCAGCAGCAGCAGGAUCAGCAGUCGGGACUACUGCCGUCGCUUCUGUCAGGUGGUUGAAGAUUAUGCUGGAAGAUGGCAGGUUCCUUUGCCACAGCUUCAGGUUCUUCAGACAGCACUUUGUUGUUUCACAACAGCCAGUGUAUCAUUCCCAACUGAAUGUGAGCACGUACAAUAUGUUUUGAGUAGCCUAGCUUUGAGUUUCUUUGAGUUGCUGCUGUUCUUUGGAAAAGAUGAAUUUUAUGAAGAGCCAUUAAAGGAUAUUCUUGGUUCAAUCCAGGAAUGCCAAAACCACCUCAGUAGAUAUGGAAAUGUGAAUCUCCAACUGGUAACUCGAAUUAUUAGAGAUGGUGGACCAUGGGAAAAUCCAGUCUUGCAAGCAGUUCUUAAAGCCAAGCCAACAUCUCAGGAUAUAGUUAACAAAUAUUUGAGCUCUGAAAAUCCACUGUUCUUUGAACUGCGUGCCAGAUACCUUAUUGCUUGUGAACGUAUACCAGAGGCAAUGGCUCUUAUCAAAUGUUGCAUAAAUCACCCAGAUAUCAGUAAAGACUUGUACUUCCAUCAAGCAUUCUUCACAUGUCUGUAUAUGUCACCAUUAGAAGAUCACCUAUUCCAGGAGCAUGUAUUGAGAACUGAUUGUAAGAAUGGAAUUGAUAUCAUCUGUAACACCGAAAAAGAAGGCAAGACUACAUUAGCCUUGCAGCUCUGUGAAUCAUUCCUAAUUCCACAGCUCCAGAAUGGGGACAUGUAUUGUAUUUGGGACUUGAUUUUCAUAUGGAGUAAACUGCAACUUAAAUCUAAUCCUUCAAAGCAAGUUUUUGUAGACCAAUGCUACCAGCUUUUAAGAACAGCAACUAAUGUGAGAGUCAUUUUUCCUUUCAUGAAAAUAAUAAAAGAUGAGGUUGAAGUAGAAGGCUUACAAAUUUGUGUUGAAAUAUGUGGAUGUGCUCUACAACUGGACCUUCAAGAUGAUCCAAACACUAAAUGUCUAAUUUAUAAAACAAUUGCUCAUUUUUUGCCAAAUGAUUUGGAGAUUCUCAGGAUUUGUGCACUCUCAGUAUUUUUUCUUGAGCGCUCCUUGGAAUCCUAUUAUACUGUUGAACGACUCUAUAAACAUCCAGAUGAAGAGUACAAUGAAUGCACUAGUUCUGUUCAGAAUCGUGUUCGUUUUGAAUUGCUUCCAAUUUUGAAAAAGGGGUUGUUUUUUGAUCCUGAAUUUUGGAAUUUCAUAAUGAUAAAGCAAAACUGUGCAGCAUUAUUGAGAGAUAAAUUAGCAGUUGGAUUUUUAAAUGAAAAUACACUGGAAAAUACUACAGGUCAUCCUGGAAAGAUGAUGGAAACACAGGUUUUAGAUGAAGCUAGUUUUCUUAUGGACCUGAACAAUGGGGAAUAUGAUCCAGAAGAUGUCUCUGGAACCCAAUUCAAAGGUCAUAGUAAUGCCAAGAAAAAUCUCACAACUUUUAAUGUGUCUAAGGUAGACCGUAAUGUUCCAAGGCAUAAAUGUGUGUUGUGUAACAGAGAAUUUCUAGGUGGCCACAUAGUACGCCAUGCACAGGCUCACCAGAAAAAGGGCAGCUUUUCAUGUGUAAUUUGUGGUAGAAAAUUUAGAAAUAGAGGACUUAUGCUGAAGCAUUUAAAGAAUCAUGUUAAGAAAAUACAAAGACAGCACUUUGCUGUAAUUCAACAGGAAGAUCAGGGAAUUUAUACAACAGAACAAAUAAAUUGCUCUGAUGCUUCCAUUUCAUUUGAAAAUGGAAAUUCAAAUGUUAAAGAUAGUGAAAUAGAAACUCCUGUUACAUAUAACAGUGAAAAUAAGAAAGAAUCUUUUGAGCAAGUGGCUAAUGUGACUAAAAAUUUUAUGUAUAGACCUCAUGAUGUUAUUGAAAAUGGAAGUCCUGAUAGUUCUUUAAAUAAUGUCCUAGAGCCUUUCACCACUGAAAAUUUACCCACAUGUAUUGAUGAUGAUGAUGAUGGUGAUGAUGAUGAUGAUGAUUUAAAUCGAGAGACUCCAGUACUUCAUAAAAUAAAUGGAACUGUUUGCCCUCAAAAAGAUCUGGAUAUUGUAGAUCAACAAGAAAAUUUCAAGUGCCCUGCUAAUGGAUGUGUCAGAAUAUUUAAAAAAAUUAGAUUUCUGAAUAAACAUGCAAGGAAAGCUCAUCCAACUGAUUUGAAAGUACAACAACAUAUAAUGAAGUGGAACAAAGGAAAGUGCCGAUUUUGUCAGCGGAAAUUUGAGGAUUCUCAGCAUUUUAUAGAUCAUUUGAAAAGACAUAUUUAUCCAAAUGUGUACUUUUGUUUACAUUUUACUUGUAAUCAGAGAUUUAAACUGUCAACCGAGCUUGCAGAGCAUACAAAAAGUCAUGGUGUUUUUCAGGCUCAGUGUAGUUUUCCAGAAUGCCAUGAGCUUUUUGAAGAGCUUCCUUUGCUGUAUGAACAUGAAGCUCAGCAUUACUUAAAUCCAAUACCAGAAUCUUUUGCUGAAACAAGUAGAAAUGUUUUGGAUACUCUUACAGAUCUUCAGUGUGAGAAUCAGGAAAAAGACCUAUCUGGUAGUGAAAAAGAAACUGUUGAUUUGCCAGUUCCCACUUGGAAAUCAAGGAAAGAUUCUACAGAACCAAAGACAUAUAUACAAAGUGUUGAAAAGAAGACAAAUAGUGUAGUUCAGAAUGGGAAUGACCAUUCUUCUGAUGUCACUGCUUCAGAUAUAAGCUUCAUAGACCAAAAGAUGACUGUUGUAGAGCCAAAUUCUGAAAAAAGUAGUGUUAUUAGUGACCAACUGUUAGUCAAUGGACAUCGUGAAUCAGAGCAGACAGCUUUGGUUUCAUCAGAUGCUGCCCUGAAAAGUGAGACAAAUGGAACAAGGACAGAAAAUGGUUCCAUUUCACAGAAUGUUGAAGUAGUAUCACAAGAACACAGUCCCCUAAUAGUAGUCUCUCAAUCACCUUCCAAACCAAAUCCAUCAACUGAAAAUACUUCAUAUGGUUUAAUUUUAACGAAGCCAUAUGUGAGACCAUUGCCUCCCAGUUAUCUUGAUGAACGGUACAUCAGUAUGCCAAAACGAAGAAAAACUCUGACUGAUAAAGUAGAUGCCCAUUCUGAUCAAGAUAGUGUUUAUAGCACAUCAUCAGAGAGAUUUAGAUGUGGCAACUGCUUGACCAUCUACUGUAAUUCAGAAGCACUUGAGGCUCACCUUGCACAAAAGAAAUGUCAGACGCUGUUUGGAUUCGACUCAGAUGAUGAAAGUGCCUGAUAAAAUGUUACUGAAACGUCUAUCAAGGAGUAGUGUGAAAAAAAAACACUGCAAAAAAAAAAAAAAUGCAUCCUCAAUUUGCUCUUUCCCAGUUGGCCUUAAUCACAGAGUGGUCUCAGAUUACUAAAGAACAAUAUAAAGAAAAAGCACAUUUUCUAGAAUGAACUCAGAGAAGAUGUGCCAAUUUUGACUCCAGAAGGGUUACUACAAAGAUCCCAAAGUACCAGUUAUCCAGACGACCACACACCAUAAGAGUGUAUGAUCAAAGCACAGCAGCACAUUCAGUUUAACUCAUUAACACCUCAUAAAGAAGCAUUCAACCCAAGAAGAAAAGUAGCUGUGGCCUUAAAGAAAGGAAUAAUGUGAAUCUGUAAAGAAACAAAAACAAAAGAUGGAUUUUAAGAAAUGCAAAAGCUAUUUUCCAAACAGUAUUUGUUUUCUUUUUUAUGCAUGUGCAAAUAAUGCCCUUUACUUCUUGAUAAAAGAUGAUUUGAAAACCUUACCGGUAAGUUGUGAUUUAGAGUUUGUGGAAAUUAUUUUUAAAAACUUGUUUCCACAACAUCAUAAAUUAAAGAAUGUAAAAAAAUCUUGGCUGUGUGAUAUAUCAGAAUUUUACAAUGAAAUUUCAGGAAAUUAGGGCCAAAAUAUAUCCAGACUUUUUGAUUUAAAACAAAAUAAAAUUUUUUCACUUUUGCAAUACAGAAUGAAGUUAAAUGACAAGUUAUCUUUUAAAACAAUUUUACUGUGAAAUAACAAAAAUUUUAUGGGGAUGGGAGAAUCAAAGAUUGACUAACAAAAAGAUUAAAGUCUUGAAAAAAAUAAAUUGAAGUUUCAAGUGCAUAUUUGCUCAUUAUACACAGGCAUUUCUUUUGGUGUGAAUUAUCUAAAUGAUGUCUUAUGAAGACAAAUGUUAAUUUUAAAAAUAUAUUAAAUAGAAUUAGGGUAAGAAAUCAUUUAAUUUCCCAAAACUAAAUGUACAAUGAUAAAUUUGGGCUUUCUAAAUAGAAAUUUUUUUAAUGACAUCCUAAAUUAAGAGGAAUUGUUAACAGAAUUUUCAUUUUAAGAAUAUAGGUUAUCAUUACACUAAUGGCUAAUAAUUUUCCUGUGAGAGAUUUUAACUUUAACUGCCAAUAAACAACUUAAGCAAGAGAAAGUUCUAAAAUAACACUCAUAUUAUUUUCAUUUAAUAGAAGCUUGUAUACAUCCCUUUUUGUUUUUUUUAAAUUUUUUUAAUACUAGGACUUUCCAACUUAUCCAGGCUAGAAGUGCAGUUUUAUAACCUGUUCUAUUUAUGACCUACACCUGUUCUCCCAGGUAGCCUAAUGAUCUCUUUUCAAUAGCCCACUUUCUAGGGGCUUGUAGCAAUGAUGUCAUGCAAAUUGUAGACACCAAAAAUUCAUAGCUAACUACAACUCAGAACUCCCAAACUUAAGAAUUCUGCCAGCCCCAGCAUUACCAGCAGCUGGGAAAAACCAGAAACCAAUUUACUCCAAAUGCAUUAACAACAACAAAAAUCCCAUGUAUAAGAAAUGAAAUUUCUCUUAAAAGCCUUGAUUUUCCAGGGCAGGUGGAUUUAUCUGAACCAGAUACAUAAAAUAUAUAACAUCAAGUUCUUUGACAAAAAUAUUAGAAAUUAGACAUUUUUCUUUUAAGACCAAAGCUAGAUUUAACAAAAUUAGGAUUUUUGACCCAAGUAUUUAGUGCAAGGGACCCAGAAAAUAUUUUCUAACUUUAGUUGUGAAAACAAUUUCAUAGGCUGUUAAUGGCAAGUUAUUUUAUGUGACAGAAGAGCAUUAAAAUCUAUGGAAAGCAAUUUUAGAGUUUAUUUAUGGACAGCAAUGGAGUUGACAUUUUCAUAAGGGUUAUAGGUUUAAUUAUGUGUGUAUUUGUUAUGUGUCUUUGGCUACAUUUGGUCUACAUUUUCUUUUUAUUUGUAGACUUAAGUAGCCAGAGGCAUCCCCAUGUGCUUAUUAGAAUAGAAUCUUUAUGGGUUGACAAACAUACUCUUUAAAAAAAAAAUUUGCAUAAAUACUUGGGAUUUGUAGCAUUGUUUGGAGAAAAAAGAUGGAUAGUGGUAAGAAUACCAACUUUUAGCUGCCUAUUUUUGUGGAUGGUGGUGGUGGUGGUGGUGGGUGGUGGUGGUGGUGGGUGGUGGUGAGGAAAGAAUAUUAGCAGAGUCUACUGUGAUUACCAGUUAAAAUGACCAAUUUGUGUGAAUUAAUCAAAAAGUAAAAUCUAUAGAUUUCUUGUUAUGACUUGCUUUUAAAAGUUAGAUGCUACAAAAUGCCCUCCUAAUUUCACGUACAAGUUAUUUUCACCAACUUUUUUUUUGUUUGUUUCCAACCUUUAUCUCUCAAUACUUUCAAAAGCAUUUUUUAACCAUUCAUUUACUAACAAGUUUCCAGUUAAUUUGUAUUUGAACUAAUCAAGUAAGGAAAAAUUCUCUCACCUGUUUUUCAUUAUUAAAAAGGCCUAAAAUCAAAUAAUCAAAGUUUAACAAUAGAAUCUGCUUGAAAAUGGCAUCAUUUAUAAAUUAAAUUAUAAUUUAGCAAUUUUACGUGGUGAUUGUUAAAUUUAAUUCUUUCUUUCCCCAGAUCUAGUUACCAAGACACAAACUGUUGUCAUAUUUCUAACUUCUAAAAAAGCAUUUAAUAACUGUAACUUAUUUUAAAAUUGUCAGCUGUGUCAAUUUUCAAUUGAAAUUUGUUUUAUCUAAAAUAAUAUUUAUCAUUCCUUACCUGUUUAGCAUUUAGCUUCAGUUUAGAAAUUUAAUUUACAAUUUUGUUACUGUAAGAGAAAGUUCAGAUUCUAAAAAGACAUGAAGGUUUAUUAGUUAGUUGGUAUACAUAUAAAGUCACAUGAAGGAGUUGUACCAUAAUACAAUAGUUCUGUAAAAUUUUCAGUCAACACAUUUCUUAUAUACAACUUAUGUUAAGUAUAUAAGUUUUAAAGAAUCACCUGUCCAAGAGUGUGCAGGGUAGUUUUAGGGACAUUUUUACAAAAUAUAAAUCUAAAUUGUUUUACUUUAUUUUUAAAGUUCUGUAGAAGGGUGCUCAUUUUUGUGGGGAAGAAAUGAGGGAGUUUGUUCCAUUUCUCUUUUCUUGUUGUAGUGUUUUUUUUCCUAAUCUUUUUCUGAGGAUAUUCUUUUCUUAUAUGAAUAAUAAUUUUACCUUUUUUAGACCAUUGCUUAAACUUUUUUUUUCUUCUUAAAAAUGAGAAUUUGCUUCAGAGAGUCAACUAUUACCACUUGAGAUUCUUCAAUAACUGGUUAAGCAAAUAGCAAAUAUGAAAUGUUGCUGCUCAAAUAUUAUGAAAUAUGUGGUGGGCUUGUGUGUGGAAAAGGACACUGGUACUUUGGGCAUUUAGCCAUAUUCAUUUUUAAAAGAACUACCAAUUGUAUAAAUUGAAUGGAUAAUUUAUAACAUUAAAAUUGUGGUUUUCAAAUCACAUUGAAGGUUCAGCUGUACUCAUUUAUUUUUAUUGGUUUAACACCAGUGGUAUGGAUGAAAACCCCAAAAAGGGUAAUAGUGUUUAUUUCUUAAUUUAUUUGGUACUGUAUAACACCUUUUCUGAUUGACUAAAUGCAAUGUAUGCAUUUCGGAACUAUUAAUUUGUAAAAGUUAUUAGAGAUUCAGCAAGAAAGGAAAUUUGUGCUUCCUUGUUGAAUGUUAAAUUAUUUUAUUUUACAUUUUAUAAGAGUACAAUUAAAACUGAGCCAUUGAACUGCAAUAAAUCAACAGUAGUGUUUCAUUUAAAGAAAUUUUUUGUACUGUACAUAGAUUUGUUCAAUAAAACAUUGUCCUUGUUGUUAAUAA